GGGCGGCGCGCGCGGGGCCGGGACCGGCGCCCCGGGAGCGCCGCGCGGGGCCGAGCUCCGCUCCGCUGCUCCCGGUCCGCCCCGGCACGGCGGGCAUGCCCGCUGGCAGCGCCUAGAGGAGCGCCCCGGUGGUCCGGGAGGAUGUCGGGGAGCGGCGGAGUGCUACUGCUGCUGCCGCCGCUGCUGGCGGCCGCGCUGCUCGGUGCCCCGGGAGCCGCGCAGCCGGCGGGGGAAGCCGCUUGCCGCCCGGUCCGCGCCGCCUUCCAGGUGCUGCAGCCCGGAGCCAAGUGGGUGCCGGAGAGCCCCGUGCCAGGGACUGAUCUGCAGGUCUGUAUCCCAAAGGGCUCCACGUGCUGCUCGAGGAAGAUGGAGGAGAAGUACCAGGCAGCUGCCCGCCUGAACAUGGAGCAGCUGCUGCAGUCUGCCAGCAUGGAGCUGAAAUUCCUGGUCAUCCAGAACGCUGCUGUCUUCCAAGAAGCCUUCGAAAUUGUAGUGCGGCAUGCAAGAAACUUCACCAACAGCAUGUUUAGGACCUACUACCAGAGCAUGGGGCCCAGGGCUCUUAAAUUUGUUGGAGAACUUUUUACUGAUAUCUCACUGUACAUAUUGGGCUCUGACAUCAGUGUCAAUGACAUGAUAAAUGAAUUUUUUGACAGUUUAUUCCCUUUGGUUUACUCUCACUUGAUUAACCCUGGCUUCCCCGAUCCCUCUGUGGAAAUGACCGAAUGUCUGCGGGCGGCCAGGAGAGACCUCAAAGUCUUUGGGAACUACCCCAAGACGAUGAUGACGCAGGUGUCCAAGUCCCUGCAGGCUACACGAGUCUUUCUGCAGGCGCUGAACCUGGGGAUCGAGGUGAUAAACACCACUGACCACCUGAAAUUCAGCAAGGACUGCGGGCGGGCGCUGCUGAAGAUGUGGUACUGCUCCCACUGCCAGGGGCUGCUCCUGGCCAAGCCCUGCGCCGGCUACUGCGGGGCGGUGAUGCAGGGAUGCCUGGCGGGCGUCCUGGAGAUCCAUCACCUCUGGAAGGAGUACAUCCAGUCUCUGGAGGGGCUGACCAGAGGCAUGCAUGGCAUCUAUGACAUGGAGCACGUCCUGCUGAGCCUGUUCUCCGUGGUGCGCGACGCCGUCGUCCACGCGCAGAAGAACGAAGGGAAGCUCUCCACGGCUAUCAGCCGCUUAUGUGGCCACGCUCAGCAGAGGCAGAUUCGAUCAGCUAAUUAUCCAGAAGACCUUUUCAUUGACAAGAAAGUCCUGAAAGUGACGCACGUUGAGCAAGAAGAAACUUUGUCAAGCAGGAGGAGGGAACUGAUUGCAAAGCUGAAGUCUCACAGCAGUUUUUACAGCAGCUUGCCAGAGUACAUCUGCAACCACAGCUCUGCUGUUCACAAUGACACCCUUUGCUGGAACGGACAGGAAGUCGUGGAGAGGUACAGUCCCCAGAUCACAAGGAAUGGAGCAAAAGCCCAGGCUGGCAACCACGAGGUGAAGGUGAAAGGUCCGGAGCCAGUGAUCAGCCAGAUUAUUGACAAGCUGAAACACAUCAACCAGCUGCUCAGAGGGAUGACUUUGCCCCGUCGAAAAGCUCCAGGAAAAGCCACAGAGGAGGAGGAGGAGAGCGGAGACUGCGACGAUGAAGAUGAGUGCGGCGGAGGCUCUGGGGACGGAGAGCUGCGAGUGAGGAACCAGCUCCGGUUCUUAGCAGAGCUGGCGUAUGACCUGGACAUGGACGACACCUCUGCAAACAAGCAGCUUCUGAAUCAGCAAAGCAAAGACGGUGCUGCAGCCCCCAGCAGCAACCCUGGGAGUGCAGCCACCCACCCCAGUCCUGCUGCUGGCAUUGCCCUGGUCCUCCCGCUGCUGCUGGGCCACCAGCCGUGAGCAGUGCUGGUGGCAUCACUCCGUGUCCCUCCAUGCCUUUUUUUAGUGAGGAAGAUAUUUGGAACCUCUUCUGAAAUAUAUGCACAUUGCCAAAAACAGGACAAAUGCCCUGAGUCAGUUUUUCAAGACUCUUCACAGAAAAAAAUCCCAAAUUAAAAAUGUGUUGGUUCAUGGCAAACUAGUAAAUAUCUAACAGUGCUUUUUAAAGAUAAUCCUGUUAAAUAUAAGCAGGUUCAUAUUAAAUUGUGUUCCUUGCAGUUUUUGAACACUGAGGUCUCCCUUGCUGUUAAGGUGAAGACCAAAUUUUAUUUUGAGUUGUUCGAACAUGCAUGGGGUACAGAACACCUGUGGUUUAUGAAAUACUCUCAGCAAAUAUCAUACCCCUCAUUCCUAGCUGACUUAAUACAGAUUUUUUCUGUAGUUCAGGCGGUUUUUGUACUUACUCCAAAUUCAAGUUUCACCCCUGGGAAUCUGGUCAGGACAUAACAGAGAGCAUGUGAAGACAGGGGAGAGAGAUCAGACACUCGGCAGGAGGAAGGAUGCUGUGGAAGAGAAGCUGUCCUGCACUGGGAUUGUGGUGAAGAUGUGCUCCCCUGGGCGCAAAGCCCACCUGCACCAUGGCAAGUUGCAGGUGAUUUUGCUGCUCACCCCCCAGCCAGGUCCUGAAGCCCUUCACUGCAGGUGGCUGAUCCCCACCAGCAUCCUUGUGGCACGUGCAACAACCUGGUUUCAUUCUUCAGAAGUGAAGCACCUCCUUUCCCACGGGAAACCUGCAAGCACAGCUCCAGCCAAAGGACCGACGGCGGGGAUGUACACGCUGUGCUUUGCAGGGUGAACAAUGACUGUCCAACGUGUUGUGCUAUGAAAGGGGAAAAGAAAAGGAUUUACAGCCUUUUACAGGAGCCUGAGGCAGAUGAGACUCUUACUCAUGUGUUUCUUUGCAUGUUCCUUUACGUAAGCUAUCUCUAAAAUAAAGAUUGGUUGCUCUCUAA